UCGUCAUUGAUUCACGCGCAGAAAGUGCUUCUGAGUUUCAACCCGACACACUCAUCUCAUAACGUGAAUUCAAUGUCUUAACAGUGGCAACAACAUCUUCAAACCACACAGCUCAAAUUGCUGUAUAAGGUAUCUGUUCGCCAAUAUUGGUUCAAUCAGUUGUCCUUCCUCAUUAUACUACGUCAGAGUCGUCAAUUGCGAGUUCUAACAGGUACUGGACACAUUAACCCCCACCAUGGGGGCGCGAGAACGCGCUCGAGCCCGAGGAAAGAAAGGCAAUGGAGCACAGAAAAGCCCAAAGUGGUCUCAGAGACAGUCUAGUGCUUCUCUCAAAGUCCCUGACCUUGAUCCGCGCCUUCGACAUCGAGCACUCUUACAAGACUGGCAAGACUUCUCGGACUCAGGCUCUCCCCAUGGUCGCAACGGCAUGUUCAGUAUGAGCCAAGAAGCCAGGAACACUGAGCGCCACGCAUCGGGUUGGGGUACGACCAGGUUAAGAGAUCAAACCGUGGCUUUUGUCAGUGCCGGCAGUUUGGUUCGGGAUGAGCUUGAUGAUGAGGAGAAACAAGAUGAUACCGAGCAAGAAAGAGGCGACCUACCUUCCGAAGAUCCUCGGCCGGAACAGUUAAAAGCCAGGGUCGACGACCACGUUGAGGAACAACCACAGCAUACGGACGAGCAAGAUGGCAACACGGAGGCUGCCAGUGCUCAGACCCCCAGUCCUGCACCUGCACCUGCACCUACAGCUGCUCUACCUCCAAAAGACACGCAACCCAGAAGAGUCUCCGUAUCAUCGGACUCUUCGGGAGAAGAAAUAUUGUUUGCUGGUCGACAGAAUGCUGGUCAGAGUCGUGCUCGCACAAUCAAAGGUCCACCGAGAAACCUGUCACCUCCCGCCCAGGAGCCUCUGGAUGAUAGUGCUGACUUCCAGACCACCGAACAAUCCGAUGCUGCUCCACAGAACGACGUUACGUCUCCGUCACGCAAGUUCAAGCCUAUAUCAUUACGAAGCAAGAAAAUGGAUCGGCGAGGAAAGCUACGACUACGAUCGACAAACAAGAGAGAUGAGGAAGAAGCGAUUAUGAAUGAUUACAUCGCCAACCUUGCGAUGAACGAUGACAGUGAGGAGGACGACGACGAGGACGAAGGCGGAAAGCCGGCUGGCAAGAGAAAUGAGCACUUCAGGUUCUUCGACGGCACUGCUGAAGCCAACGUGAAGGUCCAGAUACAACGCUUGUCUGCCCAACAACCUAAGUCUCCAAAACCUGACCAGGCCAUUGACUGGGAUUCGGCGGACUUGGAAGACUUUGAUGAUUUGAGCACCACUGAUGAGGAAAUGGGUGAGAUCAGCCAGGUUUUACGACACCGAGUCCGUGAGAGUGGCGCACAGUACCUUGUGACUGCAGAAGGACAGGAAGUUGGCGAGGCCCGAUGGGUGUUGAAGGCCAACUUGCAGUCAGACUCUGCCGUUGAGGAAAUUCGAAUAUUCGAAGAGAUCCAAGCCUUCGAUAUCCAGGAGACGAGCGAGGACAGUGACAACGAGUCUGGAAGCGACGAAGCUCUUGAUGACUUGGUCGAGGAUAUUGAAUCGGAGGAUGAUGAAAAUGCUCGUAUCUUGGCUCAUGCCUCCCGCAUGACCGAUGAGCAGAUUGCACGUGCGCUAGCCAAGCAGGAAGAGCUAGGCAUGGGUGGUGAUGAGUUGCUCUUGUUUGACGGCGACGUUGGCAAUGGGGAUGACGACAUUGUCGUGGAUGAGUUCACUGCUGGUGAUGAGUUCAUCCCUUUCUCCACGAAGAGCCACCUCUCAAGUCGUGGCAAGUCGAAGCGCAACCGACGUCUACGGGAUAGUUUCCCACCUGCUGAGGCAUUUGCCGAUGCUCUCGAACAAGAUCCCUACGGCGCAUUUGACAUUAUGGAUUUCGACCGACCCAGUCUCAAGCCCAAGAAGCGGGGAAGGAAAUCGGAUCCGCUGAAUUGGGGAUUGGACGACGAGGAACUUGCAGAGCAUCUUCACAGCACCUGGAGCAAGGACAGGGAAAAGAAAGCUGCCAGGAAGCAGGACAAGCAGGAGGCCCGAGAGGCUGCAAUGCUUGACUCGUCGGAGCGAAGUCACCCAGCUGCAAUCAAGGCCGAGAUCAGACAGUUCUUGGUGCAGGAGCUCGAGGUGCUCAGGUUGGCGCCAAUGGAGUCGGUUCUACGGGCCUCGGUCCACCGUCUCGCAAAGGCUCUGAAAUUGAAGUCGCACUCCGAGGGCAAGGAGGGAAAAGGGAUUGGACGGUUCCCUGUGUUGACCAAGGGUCCUCAUACUCCACAUUAUACUGUGGACACGGUGUGGGAGAUCGAUGCCUUGAUGAACACAAAGAAGUUCUUCCCCAAACAGGCUGGUGGUGCCUACCGCGGUGCCAACGCUCCUCGAACUCAAGGUGCUGUAAGAGCACGCAAGGGGGGUGGUGGCACGAUGUCUGGUGCGACUUACAUGAAUGGUGAGGUUGUUGGUGCGUCGGCUCCAGAACUUGGCUCUAAUAACAAGGGUCGGCUGUUGCUGGAAAAGAUGGGCUGGACCAGUGGCAUGGGUAUCGGCGCCGUUGGCAACAAAGGUGGCCUCGAGGCUAUCAAGCAUGUUGUCAAGACCACCAGGGCCGGCUUGGGUUAGUUGUGAUUGUGUCAGUGGCCCAGUUGGCAUCCUAAGUGGUGGACUACUGUGCCUGCAUCCGACGGCAUUCGAGAUGUGUGAUGUAUCUCUGGCUUCGUAGACAUGUCACUGGUCAUCCAUGUGCUGGAAUCAUAGAUUAGAAAUGCUUUAUGCACAACCGUGUGCGUCCCAUCGAUGUAUGCUUUGGCAUACCCUUGCCUUGGUCGUUGAUUUACUUGUUGUUGGUCACAUUAUAAUUCAGGCACGUGCUCGUGUGGCUUGUAAGGAUUACCAUUGAAAUAGUAAACUGCUGUCUUGCAAUCUAGACAUCAAUGC